GGCUUAACAAAUCCUCCUUUUUUAUGAAACAGAUGACACAGAAAAGCUUGAGUUAUCUCGUGGAGGGCACAGAGCAGUGUUGUGUAGUUCUCUGAGCAAAUAUAUUUAACUCUGCAACGUUCUUUGAUUCAGGGGAACGUGCCUCAAUAAUUCAACAAGCAGGGACAAAUUUAAUUUUAAGGAGAAAUAUUGUUUCUCCAGACAAGAGAUACCAAAACCUUUAGGGACCUGAAGAGGUAGCAUAUAAAGAAGGACAAAGUGGGGAAGAGAAGGAAACUACAGACAUGGAGCAGAGAGAAAACUACAGCAGCCUGCACGAGUUCACAGAGGAGCCCAGACCGGGAGCGAACAGGCUCAUCCCACAACACAGCGACGGCUCCCAGGGACCGAAGCAAGGCGUCGAGUGUUUGAGGAGUAAGACUUCUCUCCUGAUACUUAUUGGCUUUUUGGCCUCCAUCUGUGGCAACAUCGUACUCGCUGUGCUCUUGAUUAGUAGGCCGGUGCCGCCGGCCCCACUGGAGUCUUCCUCCUCUUCAGCUCUGGGUUUGAAAUCAAUGCAGAGGCGUUACAUCCAGCUGUGUGAAGACUACACCGCCCUGGGACAGGACUGUUCAAAGACAGUUAAGCAGUGCAGGGAGUGUCCUGAAGGUUGGCUUCACAUCGGGAAUCAGUGUUACUAUUUCAGCAAUGACAGGCUGGACUGGGUGAAGAGCAGAGACAGCUGUGAAGAAAUGGGCAGCCAUCUCACCAUACUGCACACCGUAGAACAGCAUGAUGCUCUGGCAAAGGAAGCUAAGAGAAUUGGUGGAUUUUAUUACCACUACUGGAUCGGCCUGUCUGACAUAGAGACUGAAGGAGAGUGGAGAUGGGUGGACAACACGACACUCGAACACAAAUACUGGGAUCAAGUGAGCUCAGAGCCAGAUAACCACCACACAGGAGGGGAACACGGAGAGGACUGUGGCACCUUAGACAGCCACUCCAAGACAUGGUUUGAUGUUCCUUGUGAUCACAUUUAUAAACGAAUCUGCCAGAUGGAUGCCAUUCAGCUCAACUGAAUCCUACACCACUAAAAAUGAUGCAGACCUGCGAAGGCUGGAUAUGCAAGACGAGAAAAUGAAUGGGGACAUGUUUGGGAUUACAGAAAAUAGAUGUCGGCACUAAAAUAAGCAUAGUUUUGCUUUUUUGUUUUUGGGGUUUUUUUGUAAGCUCACAGUUGCUGAGAAGCUGCACAUUAUGUUGAGAAAGCUUGUUGGAGAUUAAGCUGUUCACUGAAAGAGAUCCUUUGCUUAGUAGUGCACUGAUUUUACACAAGAACGUGAAUAUUUUUUAGAAAAUGUGAGACCAUAACAUCAGGUGGCAAUUUUUGACUUUACAAUGAACUCGUGUGGUUUCAGAGUUGCACGGUCUGCAGUGAAAUGAGCAUGAAUGUUGUCACUGUGUCACAUUUUUUUAAUCUGUCUGCUGUUGAGGGCUGCAAAAUGCUUUAGAAAUAGCACUGUAGGGUUUGUUGGGUGCCAGGCAGCGGAUGUCCUAUUUUGACCUUAUCUUAGAAAUCCACCUUACCUUGUCACACAAAACCCAUGACAGCCCGUAAAACUCUGUGUAAAAAAAAAAAAAUUAAAAAACAAAAAGUUAUGAAGGUGAUUUGAUUCUUUUAAUCGAGUUUCGUGCGUACACAGAAGUUGUGUUUUUACAAAACUGAGGAUUUCGAUUGAAUUUCAGUCGAAAAUGGCUGCAAAACAGGAAAUGAGAUAAUAUCUCGGCAAUGCUUUGAUGUGGAAACGUGGUCAAGUGUUCAGCUUGCAUCUGAAACAUCUGGUGAAUAUGGUGUGUGUGUGUGUGUGUGUGUGUGUGUGUGUGUGUGUGUGUGUGUGUGUGUGUGUGUGUGUGUGUGUGUGUGUUGCACAUAGAUAGAUAGAUAGAUAGAUAGACAUCAUUACUGAGUCAUUUUCACAUAGUCUUCUAUGGGAGCAGAAGUCUUUUUGUAUCCACAGAUAUUGCCCCACUAGUGGCCUUCAUACAGAAUGCAGGUUUAAGGUACUUGAUCUGGCUUCACUUUUCGGCCCACAAAGCGACAUGUAUCUUCUAAAAACACAUUUUUAUCAGUGCUUAUGACCACGCUUCAGGUUUACUGGGCUCUGCUGAACUGGCCCUUCAUAUCUGCUUUCAGCUACCGUAUAAUUUCUUAGUAUUUUCCCUUUAAGAUGAAUCAUGUUGCUUGUCUGGAGUAUUCUAUAUUUGUAUGUAUGUACACUUGUAAAUCAAUAAACUAUAUUUUAUCUAA